AUGCAUGGCUGGAAGAGCAGCUUGUGCAUUGGGUUUUUAAGGAUAAAGCUGGUGAUGCUGCAGCACCUGAAGAUGUAUAUGGGUGUGCUCGUGUACUCGUUGGUGUUUUCUGAAUGUGCAUUGGGCUCUGUGCUGCUUGUUUGUCUUGUGAUAGCAAACUCACUAUCGUUCAUGCAAGUCUGUGUUCUUGAUCCAGGGCGAGUGAACAAAAAAGUGCAUCACAGAUACUCGCCAGACACAAUCUUUAUUGGGGACAGUGCAUCUACACAGAUCAGCAUGAGCAAAAGCGGUGAAUGGAUAAGAAGAAUAAAGAUAGAUGGAAUUGUGUUUGAGGAGAAGUAUUGCCUGGAAUGCAAUUUAUUUCGGAUUAGUGGGAUGUCACACUGCAGAGAAUGCAAUAGGUGCAUUCUUGACAUGGAUCACCACUGCAUAUGGCUGGGAAACUGCAUUGGAAGGAAUAAUAUGAAACACUUCCAUGUUUACCUGUAUACUCUUGUUGCAGUCAUCUAUACAAAGCUGAUGCUGCUCUACAAGAUAUACAAAGUGUAUUUACAAGGGAACGGCGAUGGAUCUAAGGCAUUGAUUGCCGUGGUGCUGCUUUUAUUUGCAGUGUAUUCAAUCCUGUUCGGAGUAAUGCUGCUAUUUACUUUGUUUCAUGUUUAUGCGUCUUUGUGCACCUCACGAUCAAGAGAUAUCAUCAGGUAUGGAAUACGCUCCAGGCCUCCGAAAGUCAAAAUGGCAUGUAUGAAUCUGUGCACAAUCAGAUCUGAUAUUUCAUUUGCUUAUGCUUGA